AUGCACCAGGACAGGAAACGGCCGCUCGGCACCGCCCGCCCGGCCGGCACCGCCCUGCGCCCCGCGGGCGGAGCCCGGCAGAGCCGGCUCCGCCGCUCCCAUUGGCCGCGCCGCGCGCGCCGCCGCCGCCGCCGCUCGCCAUUGGCCGCCUGCGGGCCGCGCUGCUGUGCCCAUUGGCCGCGCGCCCGCGGCCCCGCCCCGCGGCUUCAUGGCGUCGCGGCUGUACCGGGCGCGGGGCCGCCGCCAUUUUGUGCAGGGGGCAGCGAGGCGCCCGCGCGCCAACGGCAGCGGCGCCAUUUCCUGCCCUCCCCCGGCGGGCGCUGCGCGGGCCGGCAGCGCCUGAGGCGGCGGGGACGGGGAGGGGACGGAACGGGCAGCGGCCGCCGCACUCCCCGGGUAGCGCAUCCGGCUCGGCCGGGCCGUGCGCGGGGCCCAGGGCCGGCCGUACAUAGUGAGCGCUCUGCCCUUCACUUCCCGGCCUCCUGCCGCAUUAUCUGCUGCUGCCAUUCCAGCUCGGCUCUGGGUGAGAAGGACGCUGUGCUUAAAGCUCUGCUUUGGAGUGUUUAUCCCUACGUGCUUUUUAGGUGAUUUUUCAGAAAACCCUGCUGCGCAGUUGACGCAAAUUAUCGCCAUUGAUGGGACAGAACCCAGCUCUGAUGGACUUACUGCACUUUCCUGAACAUGAGAUAUAAAAACGUUUACGUUUUGCCGUAGAAUAAUAGUUCGAAAUUCCUGCAGUCCAAAAUUACUGCAGUUGUAGAAAGAGCCAAAAAAAAUACUCCCAAGCAGGCCUAGUGGCCAGCAGUUUUUCUUUCUUAAUUUACUGUUUCCUAAUUGUAAAUUUUAAGCCAAAUAUAAGCUGCAGCCAUCACUUUGGUUUGCGGUACAGCAUCAAAAGUUUGCUAUAAAAAGCAGAAAUACACAAAGCAGUGAAACACCAUUUAAGAUAAAGCUACAUAUUGGUUGAAAAGUGACUGAUAAUCAGCAGCAGACAGAGCUUUUCCACGUGGUUCCUUCUGGGUAUAUAGAAGGUUCCAGAGAAAAUAAUCAACUCAUUAAACUUACCAGGUAUCCAUUAUUAGGCAUACUAAAAUUGUCUCCAUGUUUAUUGGCAGGUAGUCAGUAAUUACCUCCACUGCAGACUUGAUAAAUAUUGCAGUAAAAGUCCUAGGCUUUGCUGUACUAUGCAAAUACAUAUGAAUAAUUCUUUGAAGACAGUGGUUAAGAAAAGAAAAAUCAACCCAGUGUGUCAGCCUUUUAAAAAAAAUACCUGGUUUUUUAUAUUUAACACAGUUGAAGAGAACUCUGGUUGUGCUUAAUGUUUGUUUGGAGAAAUAUUUUUGAGAGGGAAAUACAAACCCUCAGAGCUGUGCAACUCAACCAGGACUGUCCUGUACCGAUACAGCUACAUUGAAAACACCACACUGAAAUAAGUGAAGAUUAGGAUUUGCUUUAGAUGUUUAUUAAUCCAGGGAGAUCUUCCAUAAUAGAAAAAACCAGAGGCUUUAAAUUUCCCAGCUCUUCCUUUAGAGUUGCAUUAUCCUUGAAAAUGGAAUGGACGAGCGCAAGUUCUAGGAGGAAGAUCUGUUUUUGACAUAAGUGUAUCACUGAAAUUGAUAUAUUGCUUCACAAAAUGCGCUAUUACCACCAACAACAAUGCAAAAUUGUUUUGCAAUUUAUAUAAAUACAUUUCUUGGAGCAAAGGAAAGCAAAGUUCCAGAUCCAUUCUUAAAAAAGAUGCUCCUUGCUGACCAGUCUAGUGACACAUAAAAGCACCCUUGAAGUAAGACUGUAUUCCUCACACCAAGAUAAAAUUCUUCCCUUGACUUGUGACUUGAAAAAUAUAAUUGUUCCAGAACUGACAAUGGCACAAAAAUUGGUGAUUUCCCCCUAUGUUUUUGUCAUCUGGUUUAUACGUGAAGCCUUUAUACAUUAAUCCUUCUCACUGCUGCUGUCCCAUCCUCUGCCACAAGGCCCAAAAUGGCUCAUCUGUCCUCAAAGGUUCUCAUACAUUUUUAGGAUGUAUACAAAGGUAAGCAGAUAUCCAACAAGCAGAUGUUCACAAAUGAUUUUUCAAACUGUGUGUUCCCAAGGAACGCACAGGAGAAGGCAUGCUGGAAGUAUAUCUGUCAGCUUUUUCUACAAAAAUAAAACCCUGUCUAGAGAUUCCCUGGGGGCUGGAGCACACCUGGCUGUGCCCAUGAGUUACAGUCACAAACCUCCAAAUAAGUUCUGCUCUGUGCAUCACCUAAAGAUGCACAGGAACUACCCUGGGUCUCACACCACUACGAGGAUGGAUAUUCCCUUCCCAUCCAAGGCUUUAUUAGUUAGGCUUUUUCACCUCAGGUGCUUCACUUUUCAAGUGUCCCCUUGGUACUGGGGUAGGGUUCCAUGUCCCGCCUUGGCCCCCUGGGUGCAGGGAACCGUUUGCUGGAGCAAGGCAGCUGGAGUGGAGAGGUUGGAAAAGCCCUCCUGCUGCCUGGGAAGCACCAGUGGAUGGCAGAGCAUGGGCUGGGCAGCUCAGCAUGGAAACCCCAAAGCACCACCAAAUCCUGCUACUCUGCUGAUGCAAAAAACCACACCACACAGACCAAUUUUCUGAAGACUGCAUUUUGAGUAUCAUAAUAUAUAUAUAUGUGCAUUUCAUUUUUACAGAUAAAAACUCAGUUUAUUUUUAACCUGUAUUUAAAUUUUGGAGGCUUACAUUAAAUUAAGGUAGCUUGUUUAAUAUCAAUUGUAACAGCAGGUGACAUUUUUAUAUAAAAACAGCCUAAAGGAAAAAAAAAACCAACCCAAACCUUUGAUUUUAAAGACCUGACACCAGUGAUCUAAAGGCAAGAUCAAAUGCCAAUGGAUUUUGCUUUUAGGGAAAAAAAAAAAAAAAAAAAAAAAAAAGGGGCAUUUAAGCCAACCAA